AAGCUGCUCCCUUCCCUCUCGGCCUCUCUCGAGGACAUCUUUACCCACUGGGAAAAAACUCCCUCGAAUUCCAGGAGAAGAAAGGUGAGUGAAGAGGAGACAGCCAUCCCAGAAAAGAUCAGAGUUCCUGAUCCUGUGAGCAGCUCUGAGAGCUCAGACAAGGAAGAGGAUGAGAAAGAGAAGGCGAAAGCUGCAAAUGCAGCCAGCCUUUCCCUGGCCGUGAACUCAGGAGUGAAUGUAGAAAGCAGUGAAGAUGAUGACUCCUCAUCAGAAGAGGAAACACCAGCUGCAAAAGCUGCAGUUACGGUUACACCAGCUGUGGUGGGUGGCAAAGCUGCCAACUCCCUGCAUUCUCCUAACAAACCUGCUGCCCCAGCAGGCAAAGCAGCAGCGCUCUCUGCUGCAAACAGAACUGUGGUCUCAAAUAAGCAGCAUCCCAGUGUGCCAGCUGCACCAGCUGCAUCUGCAGCUCCAGCCAAGGCUGGGCAGAAACUGCCCGCUCCUGGGAAGCCUGGACACACCACAACAGCCACAGCCAAAGUAGGUCAAAGCAAAGCACCAGUAACGACCAAAGCACCAGAAAGCUCCAGCAGCAGCAGCUCCUCCUCAUCAGAGAGUGAGGAGGAAAAACAGAUGCCGACUGCAAAGGCCCCAGUGCCCAAAGUGGAGCCGAAGCAGGCAGCUGGGGCUGCUGAGAGCAGCAGUGAGGAAUCAAGUGAUGAGACAUCCUCUGAGGAGGAGCUCGCAACUCCAGCGGUCCAGGCAAAACCAACUGUGAAAACAAUGCAGGUUAAUGCAACACCUGUGAAAAGUGCAUCUGCUGCUCCAGUGACCCUCAAGAAGAACGCAGUGAGGCAAACAGCAGUGGCACCAAACCAGGCCAAACCCACAUCCAUAACGGUUCCUGGGGCUGCAAAGCCCAAUGACACAUCAGAGAGCAGCGACUCAUCAGACAGUGAAGAUGAGGAACCUUCAUCCAUAACGCAAACAAAGCCACCUCCAAAAUCCUCCCAGGCCAUCCCAACCCCAGUGAAAGCUACACCAGCAACAUCGCUCUCUGGCAAAGCAGCUCCAGCAAAAACACUUCCACUGUCCCAAGGGAAACCAGCCCCAAAACCAGCAGUGCCAAAGCAGGCCAAAGCCACACGGGGAAGGACUGCUGCUCCCACAAAGCCUGCUGAAAGCACAAAGCCAGUGGAGAGCUCUGACUCCCCAAGCAGUGAAGAGGAGGAUCUCCCUGUGCCUGUCAGCCAGAAG